AUGUCAUACAGAUGUUACAUCUGCAAGAGAACAAAGGAUGAGGAAGGGCAGCUGCUGGAGGAGGAGCUCUGCAGACGGUGCCAGAUUGAGGAAAAGGCCCAGAAGAAAAGAUUGAGAUUUGAGGCAAAGAUAGAGAAGGUGAAAGAGAAGAACAAGGGGAGGGUGAAAUCUAGAGAAGAAGUGGAGGGAGAAAAAGAAUGGAGGAAGGAUGAAGACCCGAGAGAAUGGACCUGGAGCGGGGAGUUUGAUGAGGCUAUGGUUAACGAGAGUGAGGAGAUGAGAAUUAGACAGGGAGUUAAGAGAAAUCUAGGAGGGGGGGAAAGUUCCGGAACCUUGCAAUAUUCAGAGAUGGUGAGGAGUGGUAAUGGAGUAGAGACCAAGGAGGAAAAGCUAAGGAAGCAAAAGAAAGAAGUGGAAGAGCUGGAGAAGCUACAGAAGAAUUCUAGAGAGGAGCUGGAGAAGCUGGAAAAGACAGAGGAAAGACGGAAGAGAUUAGAGGAGCUGGAAAGAGAGAAGAAAGAGCAGGAGGAUCUGAAGGAGAGGGAGUUGGAGACAAAGCGGCUGGAGCUGGAACAGCUAAUUAAAGAAAAUGAGAAAGAAGUAAGAGAAAUUCUGAAGAUAACGAAGAGAGCUUAUGAAGCGGAACCGAUGGUGGUAGAGGCCCCUGAGGAGACGGAGAUGUUGGUGGAGAUCCAAGAAGAGGUGAGUCUGAGUCCUGUGAGAGAAAAAACUAAAGAAGAAGAGAAACAGGAACCAGUGGCAGGGGAACAACAGAGAGGAGAGAAGAGAAGAGUAAUAGUGAGGGAGACCAGAGAGCAGCAGUCACCACAGCGGAGAAGGACCCACCAGUACCAUCAGGAACGGCCUCCUCCCCCUCCACCUACCCACUAUUACAGCAGCAGACAGGUGGAGAAGUUUUGUCUCGACAAAUACGAUGACAAGCUGUCUAAGACGGAGAAGGCUGCUAACGAAAGCAUCAGGAGAGACGUGUUCGAGGACAAAGAGGUGGUGCAACACGGGAGAGACCUGAUGACUGUUUCGAAGGGAUGGAUGGAGAAGAAGAUGAGGGAAGCGAGAACGCGGGAGGACGUUAUUGCUAUAAUGAAAUUCAUCGAGAUUCAGAUAGGAGGUCAGAGAGCGUACCUAGUGGAGAAGAUAAAAGAAGAGUGUGAAAGAUUGGUGAGUGAGGGCGAGAUGCCACCAGGAAGAGGCCAUGGUCACUACAAGUCGGACAUGAGAGGCAAUAAGAAGUUCCUGGGAUGGUACGUCCAAGAGAUCAGAGUGCUGAGAGAGACGGCGGAGGAGGCAGAGAGGAUCCCGCCAGAGAUGUUGGUAGCAGGAAUGCUGGGGCUGACGAGGUUGUGUACCCUCCACAAUCGGUUUGCAGUCUUUAGGUAGGACAUUCGUACCUAGGAGUAAUGAAUGGAGUAGUGUAGGUUAUGUUCGUAACUAGGAGUACGGAUAUAAUUAUGUAAGUAUGUUCGUAACUAGGAGUACGGAAAAAAUUGUGUAAGUAUGUUCGUAACUAGGUGUACGGAAAAUGAUUAUGUAAGUAUGUUCGUAACUAGGAGUACGGAUAUAAUUAUGUAAGUAUGUUCGUAACUAGGAGUACGGAAAAAAUUAUGUAAGUAUGUUCGUAACUAGGAGUACGGAAAAAAUUGUGUAAGUA